GAUGAUAAUAAAGAAGUUCGCACUGUACGAGAAGCUUCGAUAAUGCUUCUAUUGCAUCAUCCUUACAUAGUUCAACUUAAAGAAGUAAUGGCACUACCUCAUCAUUAUUAUAUGUUCUUCGAAUAUGUUAACGGUGGUCAAAUGUUGGAUUAUAUCAUUAGUCAUGGUAAACUAAAAGAGAAGCAUGCCCGAAAAUUUGCGAGACAAAUUGUGAGCGCUUUGGAUUUGAAAAUUGAAAACAUCUUAAUAUCAAAGUCUGGUUCUAUCAAAAUUAUCGACUUUGGGUUAUCAAAUCUUUAUUCUCCGCGAUCUCAUUUAUCCACAUUUUGUGGUUCAUUGUAUUUUGCGGCUCCAGAAUUAUUAAAUGCAAAAUUAUAUACCGGUCCAGAAGUUGAUGUUUGGAGCUUUGGUAUUGUUCUUUAUGUUCUAGUUUGUGGGAAA